AGCACAAUUUGUUACCAAUGUUGGAACUUCACAGAGGACCAGCCGUUGCGAGGCAUCUAGGACCCGCGCCAUCAGAAGCGAUGAUUGCAACGGGCUUUGCGGCAAAGAACCCGGCCCUGUUUGCGCUUGCUCUGCAGACGAGACAUUGUGGCGACCGGGCUGAAGACCUCCUUGAUUCAUGGCUUUUGGUCAGCUUUCAGCGACCCGGCCCCGUUCAAGAGCUCGUCGAAGCUGCAUACAACCGUAUAUGCCAUGUUCGAGCCCCACGGGAGACGGUUGAACUUCGCUCAGUCGCGGCAAUUAAUGACCCAGCGAUAGACUGUACCGCUGUUCAGCACUUGCUGGCUGCUCGACGCCUAGCAGGUCUGCCUUUACAUGUCGCUGUUGAACUAUUCCGCCUUCACCCUCAGGCUUACGCACCCGUCGUACAGAGCAGUUUGCCUCGUUUGGCUUCCUCAGGUUGCUCGGAUGGCCUCAUUGAAGGUCUCUUUGACGGCUCGCCUACCCAAAGUCAACGUGGCGCCCUGCUUGUAGCCGAUGUUGUUGGGAAAGCUCAUUGGUUCCAAGACAAGAUUAUCAGUACGAUGCUGGAAAUCAUCACGCAAGGGACUUUGUCGGCAACUGAUCGAGAAAAAGCUGGCCGUAUGCUUUCUAGGUUCGGUGACCCACGAGACUUGGCAUCGCUUGCAGAAAUCCCCGCAGGAAGUUUUGUCAUGGGAUCUGAAAGUCACCCGGACUCGCAGCCUUUAGGAGAGAUAACUCUGCAAAGCUUCCGCAUUGGUAUAUAUCCCGUUGCUGUCAGAGAUUAUUCUGCCUUCGUCCGAGAAACAGGCCGAGAUUGGAUGAGCCAGGACGGCGCAGGUCCCGAUAGACUGAACACACCAGCAACGGACCUCACAUGGCACGGCGCGAGAGCAUAUUGCUCCUGGUUGACCCAACAUUGGCGUAAGAUCGGCAAAAUAGGCUCUCAGAACAAGUCCGCCUUCCGACAGAACCGGAGUAGAAACGUGCAGCUAGAGGUAGCCAAACUGAAACCGAGAGUGAGGCGCUGGUUUUACCCUUGGGGUACGACUUGGGAAGAUCAAGCGGCGAACAGCGAGACAACAUGUCUCGACGCGACAUGCGCGGUUGGUCUGUUUCCCAAAGGUCGCUCACCCUACGGCUGCUUUGACAUGGCUGGUCAGGUUCGGGAAUGGUGUUCGACCCUUUGGGGCUAGGACAUGGCCACCCCAUCCUUCCAAUACCAACGGCAAGACGACGAUAGAGAAGCACCAGACGCACCUCAACACAUUCGACGCGUGCUGCGUGGAGGAUGCUUCGCAAGUCCAAGGAUCAAGGCCAACUGUACAUAUCGCGGCAGUCCGGAAGCAUCAGGGUUCUGGCGUGGAAACGGCUUUCGGAUCGUCAUUGCUCCGGUAGCUAGACGAGCCAGGGAUCGUAUGCAUAGGCGAGCGCUCCUGGUUCAAAAAUCAAUCGAUGUGACCAAAAUGCCGAUGUUUGCCGGUGCGCUCUAGCUUUGAAU